UUGAGAGUAGAAGUUGUGACGCAGGAUCGUGAGAGAUGGAGACGAGUGUUGAGUCUGGCAGCAUGUCGCCGGCGCGCGUGAAGCUGGAGCCCGAGACGGACCAGUCGGAAAUGGCCCCUGUGAAGGAAGAACCUUUAUUCCUAGAUGAAGAGGAGCGUGUGAAGGAGGAGUGGUCGGACAGCACGGCCGGGCUCGGCGUGAGCGAGGCAGCCAUGCUGGCCGACUUGUACAUCGAGCACGAGGUGAAGGACGAGCUCGUGCUGGGGCCGGAGCGCCCGCACCGCCCCGUAGCCGCCCCGGCCGCCCUGUCUAAUCGUGUCGCAGCGUCCGCUGAACAGAAACCUUUCUGGUGUUGUCAAUGUGACUACAAGUGUAAAAGCAAAACAGAAUUACAGUCUCACCUGACUACUCACUCUGACGAAAAACCUUUCGAGUGUAGUUACUGUGACUACAAAUGUACACAAAAAGGCAAUUUAAAGAGUCACCUGAUGACUCACACAUACCAAAAGCCUUUCAGGUGUAGCCACUGUGACUACAAGUGUAGACGAAAAUCACAACUACGGUCUCACCUGAUUACUCACUCUAACGAAAAACCUUUCGAGUGUAGUCAAUGUGACUACAAGUGUAAACGAAAAGCAGAAUUACAGUCUCACCUAACUACUCACUCUGACGAAAAACCUUUCGAGUGUAGUCACUGUGGCUACAAAUGUAGACAAAAAGGCAAUUUAAAGAGUCACCUGAUGACUCACACAGACGAAAAGCCUUUCAGGUGUAGCCACUGUGACUACAAGUGUAGACGAAAAGCAGAAUUACAAUCUCACCUGACUACUCACUCUGGCAAAAAACCUUUCGAGUGUAGUCACUGUGACUACAAGUGUAGACAAAAAAGCAAUUUAAAGUCUCACCUGAUGACUCACACUAACGAGAAGCCUUUCAGCUGUAGCCACUGUGACUACAAGUGUAGACUAAAAGGCAAUUUAAAGUCUCACUUGAUCACUCACUCUGACUCUGACGAAAAACCUUUCGAGUGUAAUGAACGUGACUACAAGUGUAGACAUCAGUCAGAUUUACAUGCUCAGCUUAUGGUUCACAAUAACGAGAAGCAAUUUAGUUGUAGUUUCUGUGACUACAAAUGUAGACUAAAAUCAGUAUUAAAGCGUCACCUGCUUGCUCACUGUGGCGAAAAACCUUUCGAAUGUAGUCAAUGUGACUACAAGUUUAGACAUAAAUCUCAAUUGCAGACUCACCUGACUACUCACUCUGACGACAGACCAUUUGAGUGUAGUCAAUGUGACUACAAGGGUAAGAGAGCAACGUAUUUACGGAUGCACCUAUUGACUCACAAAAAGAGGCCUGGGCCCGCACGUACGCAAUUAGUCAUAAAAUAUUCUGUAUUCAAAUAGGCUUACAGUAAGCACUUUUAAAUAGUCAACAAUAUACAAUAAUUAUCAUCUUAUACUAAAUAUCAGAGCAAUUUAUUCAUAUUCAUUUAAUCCAUUGUUAUCAUGUUCAUCAGUACAAUAAAGGUCUUACAUAGGUCUUAGUAGGUACAUGAUUUAUUGAUGCAAUGAACAAUAGUUUUAAAACUAUAUUGAAUUAAUGAGGAAUGCCGAGAUCCGUCGUCGCACCAAGGUGCUAGACGUGGGUUUCGUCAUUAGCAUUACCAAACUAAAAUGGAGUUGGGCGGGACAUGUUGCU